AUGAUAGAUUAUUACUCUAAAAAUAUUAGAGCCCUGUCUUCUUUAAAUGAUCCUGAAUCCCGCUGGGAUAUUUUACUUGUAUUCAUCAUGGCAUCAAAACUAGAUGGCGCCACAAGUCGCAAGUGGGAGGAACAUAGGAAUACUAUUACCACUGCUCCGACAAUUGAGGAAUUCUAUACCUUUUUAAGAAACCGUGCUGACGUUUUAGAAACCGUGCAGUACACUACUAAUACUAAUAAAUCUGAUAAACAAUAUUAUUCUAAAGAUAUUAAACAAACCAAGUCACUUGUUUCUUCUGACAUAAAUGAUAAUAAAAAAUGUGUUGUAUGUUCACAAGAUCAUUUACUAUAUAAAUGUGAAAAGUUUAAGAAUAUGUCUGUAGAUGCUAGAUUUAAUGAAGUUUCCAAGCAUAAGCUUUGUCACAAUUGUCUGCGUCCUGGUCAUUUCUCCACUCACUGCAAACAUAACUCUUGCAAAUUCUGCAAUAAAAAGCACAAUUUAUUGCUACAUAGAUCACAGUCUAACACUGACAAGGCAAAUUCAUCUGUUGACAAGACUUCAGUAGUAUCACCUCCUCAAGAAGCAAGUUCUUCCCAGGCAACUUCAACUAUUGCUUUGUUCAAUCCUGUGUCACACUCUGUGGCAACACCUGGGCAGAUCCUGCUAUGCACUGCUCAAGUGAAUAUAAUUGACAGUCAAUCUUCUGAGAAUUAUACGGUUAAAGCUCUCUUAGACAAUGGAAACUAA